AUGAACGCAAGAACCGGGCCCCAGCACCUGGUGCUUGUGACAGCAGACAACAUUGACCCGAUAUACAACCUACCCGUCAUCGACCACGAGUCUCACCGGGUAAUACCAGUCGAACACUACCACGUCGCGGGACACUUCAAGAACACAGAAAUACGUUUCAACUUGUACUUUCCGCCAGAAUCGACUUGGCACGGCAGGUUUUUUCAGCUAGCUUUCCCCACACAAUCGGAUGAGGCCACCGAUGAGACAAUCGGCUUCGCAUUCGAAAGCCACGCCUACGCAGUCCAAGUCACUGGCACCCAUGGAUUCCAAGCCGAAGCCGCUGCCGCCGAGUUCUCCAGAAAGAUUGCAAUCCAACACUACGGCAACUGCCCGCGCCAUGUUUACGGAUACAUCUACGGCGGCAGCGGGGGGUCUCUUCAGGUCAUCGGCGCCAUGGAAAAGACCAUAGGCAUCUGGGACGGUGCUGUUCCUUUCGUGCAAGCUGUACCAGUCUCCGCGCCAAACAACCUUUGCAUAAGAAACAUGGCUAGCUUGGUCCUUCGCCAGAAGGCUAGUUGUAUCCAAGAGACUCUGAAGCCAGGUGGCAGCGGCGAUCCAUUCUCAGUUCUAAACCCUCUGGAAAAACACGUCCUACAGGAGGCAGCUGAGUUGGGGGUUCCCAUAGAAGCCUGGGAAGACUUUUCUUCCAUUUCAGACACUUCAACGCUGUCAUUGCUCACGAAUUCGAUCAUUAGAUAUACAGACCCAGAAUACAUGGACGAUUUCUGGACGAAACCUGGGCAUCUGGGGACUGAACCGGGUCCUCUGGGGGAUUUCAUAAGAAACUCUCUGGUCAGCUUCGAAUCUAUCGUUCGCCAUGUCAUCUUGGGCGCAGAUGGCAUGCGCCUCUCAGUCGAACUGGAGACUGCGUCAUCUCAUAUCACAUCUGCCAAUGACUGGUACGACUUCACGAUCCUGUCUUCGAAAAACACCAAGCUAGGCAUCCUCACCGGCACGUUCUGUCAGGUUAACAAAAUAGCGGUCUUCGAUCAACGUUCCCGAGAGCAGACUCCUCUGUUGGAGAUGAUAGCUCCGGGAACCAGACUGCUUAUCGAUAACAAGUGGUCCAUAGCCAUGCGAGCUUAUUACCGAUAUCAGGUCCCAGAUCGUCCUGGAUUCUAUGGUUUCGACAGGUUCCGUGGACCAGACGGGUCUUCCAUUUUCCCAAAGCGGCCCCAUGAUGCUUCCAAGCGUCUAUCCGAGGGGGCUUCGGGAGGUAGCACCCAUACCGGGAAAAUACAAGGAAAAGUCAUUGUUGUCCAGAACCUACUAGACACUGACGCUUUCCCCUGGCACGCGGACUGGUACCGGAGUCAAGUCAAGCAGUCUUUGGGCACUGAGUUCGACGACAACUAUCGGCUAUGGUACAACGAGAAUGCGGACCACGAUUACGAUGGACCCAGGAAAGGUCGGGCAGCUCUCGUUGUGCCUUAUCGCGGCAUGGUCCAGCAAGCGUUGCGCGACUUGAGUCUAUGGGUUGAAAACAAUGUCCCACCUCCGGUCUCGACCUCUUACAGUCUCAGCGAUCAUAACGCCAUCAGUGUGCCUCAAACCGCUGCUGAACGGGGUGGUAUUCAACCAGUCAUCCACCUAAAAGUUGAAGGCUGUACAAAGUUUAAGGCUAGGGUAGGGCAAAGUAUCAAGUUUCACGCCAUCAUCGACGUUCCUCCUGGUGCUGGUAAAGUCGCUUUGGUCGAGUGGGAUUUCUUUGGUAAAGGACGCUACACCCCCGGUUGCUUUGAAGCGUCAGGCCCAAACUUUCAUGCCACGGCGGUCUUUACCUACAACGCUUCCGGCAGGUUUAUCGUGGGACUUCGGGCAGUCUGUAAACGACAAGAUCAGAUGAACAGCCGAUACGCGAGAGUCAUGAAUUUGUCCCGGGUGUCAGUGGUCGUGGCCGCACAUCCGAAAACGGGAAAUGUGUUUAGACUGUAA